AUGACAACUACCAACUCCACCGCGUUGCAAGCCUCCAAGAUACCUGUUCUCCUACUCAAGACGAGAUCGAGCCCCGGCGAUUCCUAUGAAGAUCUUUUCUCAGAGUCUAACAUUAAUGGGAGUGGUUUUGCGCCGCAGUUCGUGCCUGUUUUGCUGCACCAAUUUCACAGCGACGGCAUGAACGAAGUCGCAGCGCUGCUUCGCGAUCGCCGCAUCGGAAACCAGGAACAUCAUGAAUACGGCGGCUUGAUCUUUACAUCACAACGCGCCGUCGAAGCUUUUGUGAAGCUUGUCAAAGAUAGAAAGUCCGAUGAUACUCCCAACCCCGAGGAUGAAACCUCAUGGCCUCAUCUACAGAACAUCCCCGUCUACAGUGUCGGCCCCGCCACUACUCGCGCCCUCGCCGCCGUCCCCCAAGAACCUCCUCUCCAAGUCUUUGGUAGCCACACAGGCAACGGCGCAGCCCUUGCUCCUUUUAUUCUCGCCCACUACUACGGAUGGUACCGCGACCAAAAACGUGCGACUCUCCCACCUAUUCUAUUCCUCGUUGGAGAAACCCGUCGUGAUAUCAUUCCCAAAACGCUGCAGGACGGCGCACUACCAGAUGAAGAGCGCAUUCGUGUGACAGAGACGGUCGUCUAUGGAACGGGCGUCAUGGAGAGCUUUCCGGUUGAUCUGCGCAGGAUCCUUGGCGAAACGCGCAACGAUCCCAUGCGAUGGAUUGUGGUAUUCUCACCAACCGGGUGCGAUAGUAUGCUUCGAGUCAUGGGAAUUCUGGAUCCUGAAACCAACAAGGUGCAUAAGGCCUGCGAACGGGACGGGAAGACGUUCAUCGCGACCAUCGGACCUACGACGAGAGAUCACCUUCUAUCCUUUGGUUUUGAGCCUGACGUGUGCGCCGAGUCACCGACACCUGAAGGCGUACUGGAAGGGAUCCAGGCGUUUAUGGCCAAGAGACAGAGCUGA